AUGUUGGUUGUAGUGAAUUGGCCAUUGUACGUUGGCCAUGGCAAGUUGGCCAUAAUCCCUCCAGGAGCUUUAGAAGCCAGCUGGCCAGAGCCCCAUGGAACAAUAGAAAAAGGGGUUUCUCCUCUAGAACAGUCUACCGUUCCUCAGUAUCCAAUUGCAGCCUUUCCCGCCUGGCAACCAGAUGCCUCCAGCCAAGGAGCUUUCUCUCCAGAUUUUCACUACCCGUGUGUGGACCCUGGCAACGAUUUCCAUCUCCAGCCUCCAGGGAGCCAGUACGAUGUGAUGAGCCCCUGCCCUCCCUUAGAAACCAAUAUUUAUGGAGCAGCAGAUCCUGGAGGUCCCAAGGAAGCCUAUCCUUCCAAGAUAACAUCAGCGGUAAAUUACGAGAAGGUUGCCACCGAAGCUGUCCAUCUUUAUCCAAGCUCAGAGACCUCCUGGCUGGGACAGGAACAAAACAACGCUUGCCUCCUCCUUCCUGGGAGUUAUGUAGACUUAUCUGUGGAUGUAGAUCCGGGGGAACUGACUCAAGCUCGGGCACAGAUCCAGAAUGUAGCUCUCUCUCGCCUUUUGCAGCAGGAUGAAGAUGGCGACACGUUGCUCCAUCUCUUUGUGGCUCAAGGACUCCGCCCAUUUUCGUAUGCUGCCGCUGAAAUGCUCCGAGAUUGUGGACAGUUGGAUAUCAAAGAACACAGGGGGAAGACUCCAUUAUUAGUGGCGGCUGCAGCCAAUCAACCUAACAUCGUGAAGGACCUGAUUUUGCUGGGAGCAGACGUCAAUGCCAUGGACCAAAAGGGGCAGACUGUGUUGCACCUUGGUGCCACCUACGGGCUGCCCAGUGUCAUUGAGGCUGUCAUGAUGACUGGGGCUCCUGUCAACGUGGAAGCCAGAAAUUUUGAAGGUCUCACUCCUUUGCACUGUGCUGUCAUGGCUCACAAUGCUGCCUUCCAGACACAAAACAUGGAGCCCUUGUCCCAACACCUCCUGCAGAACUUACUGCUGUGUAUUCAGCAGCUUUUGCAACUUGGUGCUGAUUACAAGAGCCAGGACUUGAAGAGCAGUAAAACCAUCCUGCAUUUAGCUGUUCAGGCUGCAAACCUGCCUUUGGUCCAGUUCCUCCUCAAACUGCCUGGACAAGAACGUCAGAAUUUUGUAAACAUUAAGGCCCAUGGCAACACCGCUCUGCACAUGGCAGCUGGUCUACAUGGCCAUCCUUAUCAAGAACAGAUUGUCCGCCUCCUUCUAGACCACUGGGCCGAUCCCACCGCCCGGAACCCAGAGAACGAGCAGCCCGUUCACCUGUUGACUUCAGGACCAGCAGCCGAGCAGCUGCGUCUUCUGCUACGAAGCCGUCGCUCAGGCCCUGGGUUGGUGUAUCCCCCAUCCUUCACCUGACCCAGCCAUCCUGGAGAGAAGGAGAUGACCAACCUGUCUCUUUCUCUACCUCGAAGAGUGUGGAAGCGUGAAUGUCUUUGUUUCUUUCUUCUCCUUCUCUGUUCUCCCCACCCCCGAUGGACUGUGUUGUCUUCUGCUUGCUA